UUCGCACUUCCGGCUCCCCUUCGGAGGCCUCGGGAAGGAACCGGCGUAGGAGUCUUGACUGAUGGCGCCGUGCGAAGAGAAGGGAAGCGGCAUCAGAGAGGCCGGGAGAUAAAUAUCUUCCUUCACGUUUCCCUGGAUACGAAAAGCGGGGCAAAACCGGCCCCAUCCGUCAGGCUACGUUCCUUCGUGCGAAGCAGGCACCCUCGGGAGCCCGGAAGUGGCAGCCAGCCCCAUGAGGGGCGAGAAACAGGAGCCUCUUUACCAGGCGGCUGGGUUCGCGCAUGCGUCGCCGCUCCUGGAGGGGGGGAAACAGCACCCGUAUUUCCGGGUUCUCUGGCGGCGGGGGCGAGGAUGGCGGCGCCCGAGGAGUACGAGUCGGUGCUGUGCGUGAAGCCGGAAGUCCAUGUUUACCGGGUGCCCCCGCGCGCCUCCAACCGGGGCUACAGGGCUGCGGAAUGGCAGCUGGACCAGCCUGCCUGGAGCGGCCGGAUGCGCAUCACAGCCCGAGGGAACGUGGCCUACAUCAAGCUGGAGGACAAGAAUUCAGGAGAACUGUUUGCCCAGGCACCCGUAGACCAGUUUCCUAGCAUCGCUGUGGAAGGUGUGACAGACUCGAGUCGGUAUUUUGUCAUCCGGAUCGAGGACGGGAAUGGCCGACGGGCUUUUAUUGGAGUUGGAUUUGUAGACCGAGGGGAUGCCUUUGACUUCAACGUGGCACUUCAGGACCACUUCAAGUGGGUCAAGCAGCAAAGUGAGCUGGCCAAACAGGCCCAGAAUCCAGACCAGGGGCCCAAACUGGAUCUAGGCUUCAAAGAAGGAGAGACCAUCAAGCUCAGCAUUGCGAAUGUGAAGAAAAAGGAAGGCUCUUCAGGGACCCGGUCACGGUCGGCAGGCUUGGGAGGUGCUGGCCUGAUCCCACCCCCACCAGGAAGCAAGACCCCGGUCUUUGUCCCACUGCCUGGGGAGGAACAUCAUCCACCACCCCAGCUGACAGGUUCCCAGGCAGGUGGUGCUGAAGCAGCAGAUCCCUCCAUGCCUUGGCCUCAGGAGUCCCGGGUGUCCACAGGAGAAGAUGCUGCCGACAUAUGGGGAGACUUCACCAAAGCCUCUGGGUCUUUCUCUAGCCAGGCUCAGCAGAACUCCAGCUGGGUCCAGUUCUAAAGAGGGCCACCCCGUCCUUCUCUGGAGGGAAGUCUCCAGAGGGACUGCUCCUCCUUCCUUUUUUCGGUGUGGACCAGUGAGGCCUGGAGGACGGCUUCCGCUGUUGGCAUGUCUUGAGAGCGCCAUGGAAGAGAGAAGCGAAGGCCUUGGCUCUGUAUUCCCCAAGGGGGACCUCCACAUCUGGUGCUGAUCCUUCUCCAGAAUACCCCCAAGUAGUAUCCUUUUUUGCACUCAGAACGCAACUGAUUCACCUCACAGCUUGGAAGGAGGAGAGGAGGGGCGGCUGGAGGUUCGUGGCAAAAAAGGGGUGGGACAGAGGUUUUUAUUUUUAUUCGGAAAUGAAGGAUACCCUGCCAUUUUUCCACUAAUUUGAGGAUCAUAGGGUGUGAGAGGUUUUGGAGGGUUUGCGGGGUGCUUGUGUAAAAAAAAAAGGCAUUUCCCUUUGCUGUUCCGAUGUUCUGUCAAGAGUGAGGGAAUGGAGUGCUACUCAACUCGAGUGUUAGUGAGGAAGUUCUUAAGAUGAAGAAAGUGUGUGUGUGUGUGUGAGGGACAGAAAGAGAGACCGAGGAGUGUCCCGACUGCUCCCUGGUCCAGAGGGAUCUCAGGGCCCUUUGGUGAAGGUGGCCUGGCUGUGCCCGAGUCUGCCUCUGCCAUUCUCAGGGUUUUUUUCUUUAACGCUCUCUGGCACUGCAGCGCCUGGAAGGAAACCAGCGGUGCUUCCUUCCUUGGCUCUUUGGGUGGGUUUUCACUGCACACGCAAGAGCAGGCUGAACUGCCAUGUGCCUGCAGCCUAGAGAUUUCUCAUUGCCUUCAUUGCAAGUUCUGCCCUGUUUUCCAGAAUGCAAGUCGCUCUGUUCGAGGCUGUCACCUGCAGGCUUUAGGUUCCUGGGAUUUGCAGCAGGGAGCCUGAGCAGGGAGCCUGGGUGGGCAUUCUGGGUGGACGGUCCCAGUGGGGCAUCACAGGCGGCUCUCUGUGGCGAGGUGCCUUUUCUCCUGCUCCUUUUGGUGGCCUUUUCCCACAGAUCCUUUGAGCAGUUAACGGGACGGUCAUUCCUUCUCUAAAAUGUUUCACUCCUGGCUGUUCCUGGUGUUUCCAGCCUUUCCUUUUCUGAAGAAUUCCUAGAUUUCUGUGCCUUUUAUGGGACUGAGGCCUUAAGAGGGGUUGAAGGACAAAUGGUCUCCUAGGCUAUCUUAAGGCUUGGGAGUGGAAUUCUCUUUCAAAGUCUAACAAAUACUAUUGAUACAUCCAUGCCUUAGGUAUAGGUUUUCAUGAUAUGUUUUAUUAGUAUGUGGCUUCAAUGAUUUUCUCUAUGUGAUCCAUUUUGAGUUGGUUCAUAAUUAAAAUAGAUAUCAAUAUCUUUCCAAA